GCAGCCCUUAGUCAACCGACUACCGUUACACAGCUGAUCAGUCGCCAAAAGUUUAAGUUAUAAAUAAUAAUAAAUAAAAACAAAUAGGACUCGCAAUCUGUAAUUAAAUAAUUCCUUGCAGAUGAAAAAUGAUAGGUGAUGACAUUGCUGAUACUGAAGAUGAAACAGUUGUGAUUCAAGAAAAGUUUAUAAGAACGAAAGGAAAAUGUAAAACGCAUUUACGUCCGAAUGAUAUAUUCCUUGAAUUAAAAUUAAAAGACCGUACCGGUAAAUGUAGAGGAGCAGGAAGAGUGGAGUUGGAACUUCCAAGUUCAAUGGAACGAAGUUGCAAUGAUAAACCACCAGAGGUGUACAACACAGUACAUGGUGAUAUAUGGUAUCAUAUUUCGGACCACAUUCCACCUGAAUAUGUUCAAACUUUCGCUUUAAUAUGCCGUCAAACGGCAGACCUUGUUAAUACACAAAGAUUUUGGAAAAAGAUUUACAAAAGCUAUUGCCUGAAAUCAGAUGCUAAUACUAAUUGGAUACUCACACUACCUGAAUAUUUGCAAGCGCACAACGUACUGAACUGCGAUAUGGCUACGAUGCGUGCUCGUGUAGUGGAAUCACUCUUCUUAACAUAUCCACCAUUAUCAGAACGUAUUGCCAAAGGAUAUUCUCUCGAUAAGCUAAUUGGACAUUCUUACGUAUCUUCAUGGCACGAACAGGAGGAUUGUGUAUGGAUAAUGUGUUACAAAUUUCGCAACAAAAACAUAGCUGAAAUCAAAGGAUCCCAUGAUUUCAGUGAAUUUCUCGCAAAUGAUUGUGAAACCAAUGACUGGGAGGCAUUAGCGGAAGGCAAUAAAUUACGGUGGAAAUCAAAAUAUAAAUCUUCUCAAAAACACAUAAAUGAAGGUGUAAGUUUGCUGGUAAUACGUUGCGACCGUUUUAUACCAUUUCCCAGUCAACUUCUGUAUGAAAGUGGAGGAUCACGUGUAAUGUUGUUAGGCACUCGACAAAUGCUUGCUAAGGACAUGAGGGGUAUGAACUUAGAAUUAGAUUUUGGAGACUCUUCAAGUAAAAUUAUUACUACUGUGAAAUAUCCCAAAGUUGUAAGCGUUAAAGCUUAUCCUUGGUGGCACCCCGAUUUUCGUAAAUAUAUGAAGUAAAUGUUGUUAAAGAGGUUGAGUAAAGUGAAUUGGUAUUUUUGGCUGUUAAGAGUUUUUUAAUAAAAGUGCGAUAAUACAUAA